AUGAUCGUGUGCAUAUAUGUGGAUGACUCGAUCUUCAUGGAAAGUAAUCCAAGUAUGUUUGAAAAGUUCAAGAAAGCAAUGAUCAAGGAGUUCGAGAUGACCGAUAUUGGACUAAUGUCAUACUAUCUUGGGAUUGAGGUAAAGCAGAAGCAAGAUGGAAUCUUCAUUUCACAGCAAAAAUACGCAAAAGAGAUGCUCAAGAAAUUGAAGAUGGAUAGUUGCCAACCAAUUGGAACACCGGUGGAGUGCAAAAUGAAGUUAUCAAAGUUUGACGAAGCAGAAAAGGUGGAUGCUACAAAUUUAAAGAGUUUGGUGGGUAGUUUGUGA